AGAAAACCACGUGACAAUGCUCUCCUCUUAUCGGUCAAGCUGCGGAGCGACGAGAUUUCAAACCGGAAAAAAAUCGGGAGUACAGAAGAAUGAAAGCAAUGAAAACAAACACGCAGCGCAAAACUAGCUUUUAACUUUUAUCAUUGUCUUUUAUGUCUAUUACCUGACCGGGCUUUAGUAUGCUACGAAGCAGUUGAGUCCGCUUUUUGUUUACGGUGGAGAGAUGUUCACGAACGAGUCACUGUAUCCGGUUGUUCCGUACAAUGACGUCACUCGUGUGUUUUUCGUCAUUGUCACAUUUCAAAAUGAAAAAGACCUAAAAGGAAACUUCAAGCCCUCCAGUUGAAGAUAAACACUCCAUAUCCGAAUUCCGUCACGCCUCUCUUAGUGUACUCUGUUUCUCACACCUUUUGAAAGCAACAAUUAAGCCCAAACCUCAAGCCGGCAGAGCAAACCACGUGGCAUCCGCACUCCGCCCCUAUUCGUCAUCGGCGUGCUGGCGCGAGAACGCAAACCGGAAAAAGUCCCGGAGAACAGAAAGGCCGCCUUAUCUGAAAGCAUGUCCCGGGAGGUUGGAGCAGCUCCUGUACCCCUCCCGGAGGAGCAGGGCCUGGACUAAUCGUCAGCGGGAAAAAAGAGAGGAGUGGAGGAGGGCACGUCUGUGUUCCAGUUUGUUCGUCCCAGACAGCCCCGUCGCCCCGCGGAGGAAGAGCCGGUGUUGUAGUGCUGGCUUCCCCGCUUUGAGAGACGUCGCUGAGGGGAACUGAUGAGUCCAGUCCGGCGCUCUGGCCAAACCGGCUCCGUCCCCCGGAGCCAAUCAAUCAACGCUGCCUCCGCGGAUAUUCCCACGGUUCGGCCAAUCAGAGGACGGAAAGGGAGGGUCCGUGCGAUGACGUCAUUCCCGUCAAGCGAAGCACGUUGCUGUUUCGCCGAAACGCUUAAAGGACUCGGACGCGGAAAUCAGGGGCGGGGGAAAUAUGCAAAAGUUUGUGAUUUCAGGCGCCGAACGUCACUUGUAUUGGUUAAUCGCAGAUUUUAAAUUUCCACAGUUUGUAAUUUAGCUGAGAAUAUUUGUUUGUUUAUUUAUCUACAUAUGCUCUGCCUUUCACUGGCAAGCUGUCCAGGGAGACUUCAGUUCUCUUGUAAUUGUAAGAAAGACAAGCAUGAAAAGAAAUGACUUUAUGGAUUAAAAUAUUACUGGCAAGUCGUGUUAAAGUGUUUGAAAAAACUGACUAAAAAGCAUAACGCUCUUUGUUGCACUUAAAAAAAACUCAGGGAAGAAGACGUGUUAUUGACUACCUUGAAUUUUUGUCAUGGCCCGAGGUUGCUUAGCAACCAGAGGACCUUCCUUCCAGGCCAGUCACCAUGCCCGGCCUUGAAAUUGCCCCAUACAUAACAUUCUUGUUUGCCUUCUUGUUGAGGGAUAAAUGAGAAAAUCAAUACCCCUCUUGUACUUGCCUUAUUUAGGACACAGCCAGCAGUGCCGGCAGACAGCGCUUGCUGUUGUCAUACAUGUGUAUUUUCUUCGAUAUAUUUGUUACCUCACAAAAGUGAACACAGUUGAAGUCAUUAUUAACGACAUUAAGAGGUAGACGCAAUGUACACAUCAUCACAGCCAUUCAACGUAAGUGUAUUUAAAACAACGUUCACUUAGCUUCAUGGUACCAAGCAAUGGAAAAAGAUUAUUUACAUCCUAACGUUUAGCAUCACUAGUCAGGAGACUCAACAGAAACUGUGGACCAACCCAUGUACUGUAGACCGACAAUAGUGGUUAUCAGCAAACAUAUUUUGGAGGCUGAGUUUAAAAAAAAACAACAACAAAAAAAACACCUGAGUGCAUCAGGUGUUAUAAAUGCUGUGAAUGAUUUCAGCAUGUGAGAAUGUCUUCAAGACAGGAGAGCAGGAUGGACGAGUUUUAAUUUAACAAAGGCAGAAGGCGUUGGCGACCACAAGUUUAUGGUUAUGAAUAGAUAAAGAUCAAAGGAGGAUGAGUGACUGACCUCCAGGCAUUCUGAGAGUGUAACUUCAAAGCCAAAUGAGGAUACCUUUCAUCCAUUUUAAAAGUGCUGAGUCAAAAAUAACCCAAAUCGGGUGAAAUAGCGAACCCAGCACAGGGUCCAAAGGUUGGGUUCUUCAUUCAACCCAACUUAGAGCAGAAAUAACCUAAAUUGCCCAAAAUUUAUAGCGGCCCAGCAUUUUCUUUUUUUUUUUAUGUGAAAUAAGAGUGGGGUUCACCCUGGAAGCCAGUGCAUGCAGGGCCACAGACAAAAAAAAAAAAAAAGUAUUCACACUCUCAUCCACACCUAUGAGCAAUUUUGAGCCUUCAAUAAACCUAACACGCAUUCUUUGGAAUGUGGUCAAAAACGCCGCACAGGAAGUCCUGAUUUAACCCCUGAACCUUAAACUGUGAGACGGAUGUACUCACCAAUAAUGUGCCGCGCUGUUUUUCCAAGACAGACCCUCUGACCCACUGCCAUGUGAGACGCAUGAUUAAAUUGUUUCUUGACAGCUCCCCCAAGUGUCACCGGAAUAUGAAUAGACCUGCAGAUGGCAAAGCGGGUUACCAUGCCAACUCGUGUCCCCUAUAUUGAACGUGCAACAUUUGAAAUUGUUCUCCCACUUAAUUACUUGUUGUUGUUGUAGUACAGCUUUUCCGCUUGGGCUCACAUGACUUUACGACUUACCAAUUGCUGCCUCACUGUCAGCAGUCUCAACAUGGCAAUAAAUUGCCUCCAAAACAUGGGAUCAUUUGAUGCUCAUAUCGCAAAAAAUAAGAGGAAGUGUUGUUUCGUUACAUUAAAUACACUUUAGGACCUCAUUUUAAGGGUUGACUCCAUUUGAGGUUUGCCUUUUCAUUAACUUUGUCACCAUAGAAGGUUAAUAAGGGGGCAUGAGGAGGUUGAGUACCAAUUUGGACAAUGUUCUGCAUUAGACCGGCCUGGGAAGUUAAAAGUGCUUUGGACUUUUAAAAUAAAUAACGAAGACUUUCAAGUAUAAAGAUUCAAACAAGCAGCAAAGAAACAGAUUUAAGUAUCAACCUGAUGCAUUUUAACAAGUACCAGUGGAAUGAUAGGAAAAAUCAUAGAUGACUGAUUCAGCUAUUGUUUAUGUUAUCAUGCCCACAUGUCUCUUUCUCCCCCUUUUUUUUUUUUUUUGAGUUCUCAUCAAAGCACCGUAGUGAACCUGGUCGUGACAGCAAUGCAAAGCUCCAUCUGCACCUGGCAGACAUGAGUAAAUGAGCCCAUUAAAGAACAGUACGGAGAAAUCAACUGUUUUUGUUCUCAUGGCAGAUGUCAUCAGCAAUGUUAUGAUGAAGAAUAGUGAUUGCAGCGGUAAUUUAGUACAAGCCUAUAUGAAAAAAAAAACAAAAACGUUCGAGGAUUUAUGCAUAACACAGAGGCAUAAAAAUUGGAUUUUAACAAUUGCUAAAUUGCACUACAGGGCCCGGGAGAACAGUAAUCUUCAAUGUGAUGUUCUGUAGCGCUCCCUACUGGAAAAUAAACGCUUUCCCCACACAUUUCUAGUACGUACUGUAAGUGGAUUGACAUCCUCCUGAGUUAUGCAGAAUCCUCAUAAAUGUGUCAUAUUCGACCGUUUAAUAAUUUAACAGGAUUAAAUACAAUUUCUUAAAGUAUAACAAAUAAUCCGCUAUAUAAGAAUAGUAAAUAAUGUGCUUUGUAAUUUGUACUGUUUGUAUCGAAGCAAUUCUGUUCCAGUCCAAAAUGUUUAUUUUAAUUUUUUCGUUUGUCAUUUUUGGUGAUAGCUAAGAAUUUUGCCUACCUGGGUGGGGUUUAAAAAUAAUAUUCUCCACUUCUCAAAUGAUCGUUUUAAUCACUGAAAUGGCUACAAUUAAGAAUUUAAAUUAAAAAGUCCGUCUACCCUAUUUACGUAUCGAUUUUCCGGAGACGUCACCAUGUCUGGCGUUCCUAGGGCAACGGCUAAAGGCUUCUGCCCGAGAGGAUCAUGGGAAAAUUGUGUUUCCCAUGAAACGGAGGGAGUUUCGAAUUCUUUCUUAUCGUUCGCUUUGCUUAAAUGUGAUCAUCACUCGAUAAGUGAACUACUAAAGUAACGCGACGUUUAAGCGAAAACAUAAGUACGACGAAUACGUUCGAAAUACUUGGGCUUCCUUUCUCUCCGUACAAUUAGCUAGGUGGCUAAUGCUAUGAGCCGCUACGUGCAGUCGUGAGGGGCAACAAAAUGCGCAAAAAAGAAAUUAGUCGAGCUCGUUUUUGGUAAAACUCGUUGUUAAACGUGCCAACAAGUGUUACUCAAUUUCCACAGCAUGGCCGAAGCUACCAGAAUGGCUCAGCGAGGAUGGCAGUGGUGAUGAUAAUGAAGAAGAGGGCGUUUCAUCCAGACCUGGAUGGCCCAUUGUUGAUUAUUCAAAGGAGGAACGUCAAUAAGAUCGUUCUGAUCGCAUCGUUAAACACUGAUUGUGUCUCGCCGCAAGCAUGGAACUAAAGCUGGACGUGGUCUUGUCCUCCAGGAUCAAACGAAAAAAGCCAUGGCCUCGAUUUUGCUGGCUUGGACAGGAGAAGGAAUGCGUCUUCCUGUUCGACGACAAACGGAUCAGCGAGAUCAACAUGGUGUCCGGUCGUACCAAGAAGAAGACCCCAAAACUCCAUCCUUUGCUCAACAAUGUAGUGACGAUGGCACCGUCCCGCAAUGGGAUGUGGUUUUGUGGACUUUUAACCUCGGGUGAGCUCUUUUUAUGGAACAAAGACAACGACUUGUUGAGGACUGUCACAGCGGUCCCUGAAGUCAUUCAAAUAAUUACUGCAAUCCAAGGUAAUUCUACCCUGAUAUCUGUCCACGUAUCAGAUGAUGGGACGCGUGUGCUGUUGGUCACUACACUGGGGCAAGCACUCCUGUGGGAAUGUACAGACAUGGAGGAUUUGACUUUGGUGUGCGAUGGCUCAGUAAAAGGACACUGGGCACAACUGCAGCUGCCUCAAGACACCUCUCUACCCACUUUGAAGGACAAAGAAGCAUCCCAGUGCAGCAUCUUUGUGGGAAGCCAGACUAUGGGUGAUGUCUGCUUAUCGGCCUUUGUAUUCACAUCUGGGAAGAAGCUUAUCAUCACCUGCCUCAAAAUUCAAUGGCUGGAUCAGCAUGUGCACUUUGGCUCUUUGGGAUACAGCAUCCAGUGGGCCACCAAGACGUACCUCAUGUCACGUCUCACCCCACCCUGCCAAGCCGUCAAGUCCAGAGGGGCGUUGGUGGUUGACUUCUCUCCUGACGGACAACUGCUAGCCAUCGCGCUGAACCAGCGGCAGCCCAAGGCUACGCAGGUUCUGUUUGUGAGCACACAAAAUUUUGUCUCUGUGUCAAGCGGUCUUGGAAGGUGUGGAUGUAAAACGGAGCAGAUUCCUCCUAAAUACACAAGGUCAUACUGGGUAGGCAGUCUAAGUUGGUCACAUGACAGCCUUUUCCUGGCCUGCGUUCUGAAGCGAGGCGCCCUCUUGGUCCUGAGUCGUCUUGGCGGGCUCCUUUCGCUAACCAGCUCCGGUUGCAAUAUCGACUUUGGAGCCGCGCACUUCCUGCCCCUUCACCCACUGGUCACUUACCGACCUCCAACCGGAAGAGCAGAGGCCUACCUGUCCAGCUCCAGUGUGUCGGCGCGAGACGCCAUGAGGCAGCGCUAUUCCGUCACGUGGCACCCGCGCCUCUUGUACUGCAUCGUGUCCGACGGCUACAUGGCCACCGUACUGAGGGUCCUCAACAGGCCUUCUCCCGCAAUGCUGGUGAAAGCUCUGUUGGAUAACACCGGCAAGGACCUUCAGAAGGCCUGCCGGCUUCUGGAUACAUCUCAGAUGUACGUGAGGACGUGUUUGGAGUCCUACCUCGAUCUGGACGGCAAAUCAUUGACCACGAGUGGGCCUCACCGUGCGGACUCGAUCAUAUCUGCAGCCACGCAGGAGUCCACCUUACCUUUCUUUCUUCAGGACCCGGGCACCUUCAGUGGCACCAAAGAGUUGUUCGAAAGAGUUCAGUCCUUCUUUGAAGAUGACUCCGAUAUCGACGGCCCUCCUCCUGGCUCACAGCUGGCGGACAGCGGACACUUGGAGUUUGCUUCCAUGUUCGACACGCUCCACGCUUUGGACACAGAGACUGACCUCAAUCAAGAUCACGAAGAGGACAUUGAGAUGACCAUAUGUCAUCUUCGGCGGGAUCUCAGUAAGAUCCAAAAUGGAAUAUUGACAACGUGGGCUCUCUGCAUGUCUAUGGGAGGCGCAGUGGAAAACCGAGCCCACCUGCUUAAAUGUACCACCUUUCGCGUGGCGCAGCUUGCUGCUCUGUUACACUUGAUGCCAAACGAUGCAGCUCAUUCUGGCAAAAGUGACCCCUCUGGUUCUGCUUGCAUCAUGGAGCUCCUCAAAGCGCUUUUCUCCUUCCUCCCGUGGGAUAACACUCACUUGGAUGGGCCUCCUGGCCUGGGGCUGGCGGUGGAGCUUAGUCAGCGGCUGGUCCACCUGCUGCUCGCCCCGCCACCAGAGUCCCACCCAGCAAGUUGUGUCAAGAGACUAUCCGACGCUGUGCUCAUUCUCCAGCUUGCCUCGGAGGCCCUUGACUGCGCCUACAGCCUGCAGCAAAGAACCGUUUGGUCCUCGGUGGAGAAGGACCCUCCACUCUCUUCUUCAGAUGUCUACCAUGUGCCACAGCUACAGGAUUACAGGGAGCACCGAUGUGACCCUUUUCAUCAGGUUCUGCCUUUACCCCAGCGACCGUCCAACAGACUGUUUGGAGUGUGGCAGUGGGUCUACAAGAUCAGCCAGGAUUAUAAGGAAGGCUUGCGAGGCUUCAAGGACGACGAUGGGUCGGAGGAAGGUGGCGAGGAGCAGUUGUCAAUCAUCAUGUCCAAGAUUCAAACAGCUCUGCAAGCAACCGGAGAGAGAAUAGAAGAGGGUCCUGCACUGCUGAAUCACACAGGUGAAGAACUAUUCCUAUGUGGCCUGUACCAACACAGCACUGAGAUGUGGCGGACACAAAUUUGGGAAGAGAGUAAAAAGAGUUGUCGUCGUAGCGCCUUCCAGGAAACGAGACUCUGUCUGGCUCUACUCUACAACCUGUUGUCCCAGUACCAUCUAAAGGAAGCCGUGGAGUUGGGAGAACACAUGGCCCACUUGGCGCUGCACAACGCUGGUCACCACGAUAAGCAUGCGACUUGCACAACAGCCGACCCCCUCCUGCCGCCGAACCUUCACAUCGACGCAGUUGUUGCCGUCAUUCAGACUCUAGGGAGGUUCAUGGCUGCCUAUUUUACCAAUCAGCCACUCAACAUCCUGCCUGCACACCAUGUGGCCGUUCUGCCGCCGUUACAUCAACCUCAUGCCUCAAAUCUAGGACGCCUCGUGCCGCUGUGUCAGGAGACAACGGCUCGAGCAGUUCGCCAGCAGUACAUGUCAGAGAAGUGGACCGUGGACUACGCCGUGGACCUUCUCCUGCUUGGGGGUCUGCUCCCCGAGACGGCAUGGCUGGCGUACAAGCUUGGGGACUGGAAGACGUCAGCCUCUGUCAGCCUUGCUUAUGUGUAUUACUGUGCCGGCCACUUGGACAUGACACGGAUCAGCAGACCGGAGCUUCACCUUCCAAAAGCUUUACUCCCCAAAAGCAUUUUUCAGACAGAGUUGCAGUGUCUUGUGGACAAUGACAGUGGCGAGCACAGUGAUGUCAAUGAUACAAGAUUUACAGACCCUGUGGAAGCGCAAAACUUGGAUGCGUUGCAGGGGUCCGCCCAGGAGAUCCUAAAAGCAUCCGUCAUCGCUGGUGUUGACGUUUUAACGUCACAAUUGACUUCCUUACUGGAAUCAGCUAAGGACCUGUGCUCAAGCAUGUCUGCUCUAGUCCACAGUGGGCUGUAUUUGCCGUCCCCACCUCUGUAUUGUCCUCAGCCUUCCCCGAACACUCAGGAUCCUGUGGGGACACCGGGACAGCUCGCAGAAGUGGCAACACGCCACAAAGUGUCUGGCGUUCUUCAGAGGAUCCUGCUCCUCCUCAGGUCUGCUCGAUGUUGCCACCCUGCUGCUCAGUGGUAUGUCGGCAACCUGCGGCGGGCCCGUCACCUACUACACAAGAUCAAGACGAAGUACGCCUACCCAUCCUUCCCCAAAGAAGAAAAGGCUCUCCCAGAGGGCCUGAUGAAGUUUGUCAGCCGUGGUGGAUUCUUCAGACGGAGCCAUAGCAAAACUCUACAGCCUGAUUGCAGUCAAACUAUUAUCUGUUUUAGGGAGCUGUGUGGUUUAUGUUGGAUGCUUCAUGUCAGGGAUCAGCUUUCUGUUGCCUGCAGGAGGUUUCAGGCUGCCAGAAUGCAACAGGACCCUGAUAAUUCACAAGUGCAUUCAUCCUGCAUUGAUGCACUUCUUUGGGUCACUCGCUAUCUGCCUUUCUCUCACUUCCUGAACACGGAGGAAAUCCUGCAGGACCUCCUCCUCAGCCUGUUGGCUGAAUUGCCCCCGCUGGCCUUGGUGGCAGACACCCUGGUACUUGCCUUCCCAGAGAAGGAAGAGUCAGUCAGAGUCUCCCUGAGGGAGAAGUACAACUCACUGCUGGAGGGCUUGAAGCAAUGCAGUGUCUUUGAGGAGGGCAAAGAGCCAGACAGCAAGCCCAUGAAGGCUCUGAUUCAAGAGAAACUCAGGCAGAGGAGAAAGCACCUAGGCCGCUUGCUGAGGCACCUGGCCCCCCUGGAGCUUCGGCUGUGGGAGAAAGACGAAGACGACAAACACGAGGCGGCCACUCUGAGGCCAUGCUCACCAGUCGCAAGUGUGAGCGCCAGCACUGUAACCGACUGCGUUGAUGGAGAAAGAUCGGAGGCCACCUCUGAAGCUGUCUUACCUGAUCCUCACAUCUCAUCCAUACCCAGGGAGGUAAAAGUGAAAGCAACGGGGACUGCUGUUGCCACUCAGAAGGCGAUCGAGGAUGUAGUGCCACACUCACUUCCAGUCAUUGGCACCUGGGAGUUUGAGCUAGAGGAUGAUGAGUAUCUCACCUUCCUCGAGCUUUUCCUCAGCUACAUGUUGGAGAAAGAGAAUAGCGACGGGAGCGAGCUUCCCUUGCUCAAGUCCUUUCACUCCGCUCUGCGAGACAAGGAGCUGCACUCGCUCACCUUUGACGUGCUCACCACGAUUCACCGCCGCCAAAGAAAUGGGCAGCUCCCGGCCAGGAAACACCGUGGCAACGAGCUCCCGGUCUUCAGACCCGGAUGCUGCCACAGGCCGGCGAAGGGCGGUACGACCCCCGAGUCGCAGACUUCAGCAGCCUUGAAUGGUGCUUGUGAAGCCAAAAGUAACUUAUUUGCGUCUGCGCUGUCGGAGCUUCGGACAGAGAGGCAGAUGGGUUUGUUUAGUCUUCGAAAUCAGAAGAGAGGCUCCGGUUCUGACGGUAACCAAAGUGCCUUGGCGUUUGCCUCCUCAACUACUGCGGAAGCCAUCGUAGAACUUCAACAGGUCCCGGAUCCUAAAUUAGAGGCCCGCUUUCCAGUGCUGGGCAGGCUGCUGCAGUGGAUGCUGCGCUGGGCUGACAAGAGGGUGCUCCUUGGGCACACUGGCAAGAAGAAGAAGCCAAAGGGAGAAGGAAUGUGCGAGGAUGGGAUAGUCAUCCGCGUCAAAACUUCUGCGCCAGCGCUGCUCACUUCGCUGAGCCUGCUGGAGCGCAGGUUCAUACAUCUGCUCCAGCCAGGCUGCCCGGAAGCACGAUGGGCCAUCACCCCGUUGCUGCAAUCGGAGGCGGACACGAGACUGCAGAGGCAUAGCACUGUUGAGACCAGCCGCCCUAGAUCGGCUCACACUCCAGUUGCUGGUCUGGAUCACAUCGUAGAUCAAGGAGAACUGUCUAUUUGUUCUCACGUAGACGAACCAGAAGAGUUGAAGUCUGACAGGAUGUCUCUCCCUGAUGAGCCAGAUGAACUCAACUUGACCGCUCCGAUCCCGAGCUCACCAUCGCAGCGACCGUGUUUUGAUGAUUUGGAUGUCACGCCAGAAAAAGAAGGCAAAAGCAGCGAUGACCGCAUGGAGCAUUCGUCGUCUCUCUCCAACGGGAUCAUGUCUGAUAACCUUUGCUCGCCUCAAGCGGUCAAUAUCAAUCUUUCACUCUGGCUAUUAUACACUGCGGUUUGCAUUUAUAAACAAAUGUCUGUGUUAUCGUCUUUUCAGAGUUUAAAGCUUGAAGAACUGAUUGAGACGUCCAGCUCAACAUCUGCUCAGGUGGAAAACCAUCCAGUGAUCCUGGCACCGGAUGGUCCAGUCCCACAAAUUCCUCCCUCCGUCCAGCCUCAGGCAUCGCUUCACACCGAGCUCCCCCAUCCGAGAGCAAAUCUGUACCCCAAAACAUCGUUAGACCAUGCAGGUUCUCAACCUCUCACCACAACAGCUGGCGCACCCGCUCUGGAUCAUUUUGGCCCAGACCAACCACCCUCACUUCAGGCUCCGCCAAUGAGACAGCGUCUGGGUGAAGAUUUGUACCGACUGGUCCAGAACAUCAACUACAUGAGCCUGAUGGAUGUUUUGGGAGCUUCAUUUUCCAAUCUGCAACUUGCCCAGCAGAAUUCCUAUUUAGCUCAAUCCAAUAUGACCCCCCAUUGUGUGCCUUCACCUUACAUGACCAAUGUGCCACCUCAACAUUAUCCCCAACCUGCGCAAAACCCUUCAGUGUCUCAAUCACAAAUACACGUGCCUGACCAACACUCGAGCAACCCCCCAUAUGCCUACCAGACUCCCACACAUAGCACACACGGACCUCAUCACGUCAGCAAUGUUGCCUAUGCCAGUCAUGACGCAGGAGGAAUCUAUCAGGAAUUUCCCCCCCUCUCUGUGCAGGCCGAGUCAACGGACAUUCACUUUCAGGAAAGCAUUAGGUUUAUCCCAUCCAGCGAAGGGCUUCUGAUCACCUCAAACACUAAUACGAUAGCGCCCUCUAUUGGUAAUAUUAAUGCAAACCCGUCCUCUCAAAAAUCGGGCCUCAAGUUACUCCAGCUGCAAGGUGGUAGGAAGAGAGACAAGAAAAAGACAAAAGGCGCGUCUUCGACUCCAAAAAGACUUCUUCGGUUUAGCCACAGCACUCAAACUGAGUCUCCUUCUACAAGGAGCUUUCGUCCCCAGAAUCCCACAUCUGAUGUGACACAUGGCCUUCGUCUUCUGCACCUGCAGCCUGGUGCACAAGGACACAUCAAUCUCCCUAAAACACAUUCAACACCUCUUCCCAAGCAUUUCUUUCUCCCCGCAGUGCCGCUGGGUGAAACGCCCAAACUUCAGCUUCUACAUAUAGACCCCAAACCGACAAGGAUGUCCACCCCGGCACCUCGCUCGUCUCAAAAAGCUCGCCUCAUCUCCCUGGAGGAAUUGGCUGGUUUAGUGGCAGGGAGGCGCAACUCGGAAGAAGCUCGGCUGCAGCUGCUCAGAGUCAACGACUCUGCCGAAGCACAGCGAGGGGCUACACCUUCCUCCAGCUCCAGCAAGAGGCAGAAGAGACGAGAGAGGGCACUGAGGACAAAUCUGCCAAGUGAGCAGCCCAUCAUCACCGCACAAGAGCCCAAAGUUGACCAAGAGGAAAUCACCACUGCACGGAAUGCUUCCAUUCAAACCACCAUUCCAAGUCCCUCAGGAUCCAGCCGCUCUGUUUCGAAUGGUCGCACAUUAUUAGACAGGACGAGAACGACUUCAGCCGAGCUCCAUGCCUUCGCCUCCACGUGUAAAAGACCCCCAGAGUGCCUCGAUGCUUUCACCAACACGGAGCCAAAAUAUUCUCCCAUGCUUGUGGACAAAGCAGUGUCAGUCCAAGCCUCACUAUUAGCCACCACUUCUACAGGCAAGUCAAAAGAACACACUCCGGAGAAACUGUACAGAGAGAGCCCUCAAGACGCAAAUGUUAUCCCGCCUUUACAAGAGAGGAAGAAUUUGGAUCAGCGCGGCCGCAACUUCCUGAGCGUCGUAGACAUCGAAGAGGGAACGCAGCAUCGGGAUUUGCCCCCUGCCAGCUCCAGGAUGAAAGAAGCUUCUUCCAUCCCUACUGUGCUCACGCCUGCUCAGCUUCACAUGCUCGCCACUUCCGGCAUUAAUAGUGCUCACCAUGCCGAUCAGAAGAUUCCCACAACUGUCACUCAAACAGAUCGCAAGAGCACAACCGAGCCCAACAGGGAGCCAGAAAGAGUCGACUCUGAGAAUGUAAACGAUGGGGAGGUUUAUAAAGCCAUUCGGACAAGAAGAAGAGAGAGACCUCACAACUUGGAACCAGAGAGCCUCUACUCUGAGGAACGACUUGACUCUGAGCUCACGAUAGCCAUGAAGACACCGAGAAGAAAGAGACCUUCCCACAGGGAGCCAGAGAGAGUCUCUCCGCAUUACAGUGAAGAUUCAACAGACUCCGAGCUUUCUACAUCCAUCAGGACCCCAAGACUUGACGAACCUCGCAACCAUCCGUCUGAAAUCGCCGCGGUCUGGUUCUCGUCCCACCUCUCCAAACUGGAUUCACAGCUGGCUGCGCUGCAGAACAUCGCCGACUGUCUGGAGAAGGACCUGCCUCAGUCCAGAAUUCCAAAGAAGCCGUACAAGCCACAGCAAGUCUCCCCAGUCUCACCUCCGAAUGUGAAGCCCGCAGUACGAAAAACAGUGAGACUGUUUCUCCCAGCGGAAGAGCCCAAAACACAGCCAAAACACACUCCCAUCGGUGUGAGAAAGCCCAUCAUCGAAACCAGAGCCGCGCCGCCUCCGCCUCAGGCCGCACCAAAACAUGACAUCCGCCAGGUUGAAGAGGACGAGAAACAAGAUGCGUUUCCAAAUGUCGAUCACAAUCCCGACCGAAAGCUGUUGGCUGUGCAUCCGACUUCUUCCUCUCAGCUUUGUCAUGGCCACCAGAGCCUUCCAAAGCAACUGUCAACCGUAACAUUGGAAACGUUUGACGAGACUCCUGAUGAGAGUCUGGAUCACACGGGGUUGUCUGAUACAGCGGAGAUCCUUGAGGGUUUGGUGCGAGAAGGUUAUAUAUCCCAGAAUGACCUGGACGCGUCUUUAUCCAACGCGCUCGACAGCGGGAAAGAGCAGCAAGAACCGAGUCUGCAGAUUUCCCCGGCGCGUGCCGUCCAUGACGAGGAUGACGAGAGACGGGAGUUGAAGAUUUGGAUGAGACGCAAGCAGAGGGAGAGACACUCUGUGUAUCAAAAACAGAAAGCCAGCCUGCGCGAGAGGGAGAUCAAACCUUUUACCAGAACACCGAAAUCCACCAGCCAAGUGACCAGUGGGCGAAAGACACAAGAAAAGCAAAAGUCCUUGCUUUUGAAACGAUUCAACCAGAGGCUCCGCGACGCCAGGUUGUUGGCAGAUCAACUUCGCACCAGCCCCUUGCCUGGCACUCAUAGUUUAGUCAAUGAUGCUCCGGCCGUAAGAUCCUCCUCCGCUCUGGCCACGGCUGGCAAUCACAGGAAAGAGAAAAGUCUGAACUAUCCCUCAAGCCAAACGCACACCCAGCGUCGUCCUUGCACUACCGAAGCAACUGGAGGACCUUCAGAGGACAGGGGGAGGCCUGAACUCCAGCAAAGGCCAGGGACCUCUCUGUUGAAGGAGCGUCCAGUCACCUCCGCCACUGCCCUCGAGGACCAGCAUAUGACCCAGCAGGGCGUCAAUCUGUUACUGUCUGAAUUAAUAGACGAGGAGGACAGCGGCACCAGAGCGGGUGUGCCAGGUAUGGAGUGGCUAGACAAACUGUCGGAGAGCGGCGGCAGCCUCAGCGAGGUCGACUGGACGGCUAUCGAGAGGAUGGCGGCCAUGGCACAGACCUGAUUGCCUGCAUCUCAGGCAAAAUUUAACACUGAAGGGAAUUUAUGUGCCUUCUCAAGAAGUUACGAGUCAUCGAUUGGGCACUUAUUAUUUUAAUUUUUAAUUUUUGCUUUGUGUUGCUCGCACAAAUUUUACUUGCACAUCAGCUUCAGAACUAAAUCGCAGCAACAAACACGUCAACAACAUCCAGCCACUGUCAGUUUAGGUUUUUACCUGCAGUGAACACUUUGCCAUCUUAUUUUAUUUCCUGAUAAUGGGGCCUAAGAAAUUGAAUGCGAAGAUGAAGAAGCGCGAUGCUGUCCUUUGAGCUUCAUGGCAAAGACUAUGAAUACUUAUAUGUACAUGUGAUUUCUCACUUUUUAAUUUUGUUAGUUUAGUGCAUUGAAUUUGGAGAGAAAAAAUGAAGUCAAUCCCUUCUGCAGUAAGGUUGUAACAUAAAAUGUGGGGGGAAAGUGAAGCUCUGCGAAUACUGUCUGGAUGCACUCAUAUGUGCACUAUUUUUUAAAACUGUAGUUGUGUGCCACAUUUCUGCUUGAAUUUUUCUAGUUCCUCACUUUUGUACACACUGUCUUAGAUACAUUUCACUUUUAAUAAUUGAAAAGUCUUUUGAAAGGGAACACAUUGAAAAUGUACUUUAUUUUGGGACAGGUAAGGUAAAAAGUCUUGGCAUUAAAAGUGUAACACACAUUGAA